AUGAAAAAAUGGAGUUUAGUGAUAGGCGCGAGUAGAGGAAUUGGCAAAGCGGCUGCAUUGCAAUUGGCGAAAUCUUAUCCAAAUGAUAAAAUAUUAGCUGUGGCAAGAAAUUUUUCUGAAGCAACUUUAUCUGAAUUUUCAGGCUUAAACAUAAUUAUUAUGACUUUAGAUAUCGGAAAUAGUGAAAGUAUGACUUCUAUUAUCAAUCUUUUACAAAAUGCAGCAGUCAGAUUUGUUAUAUACGCUGCCGUGUCAUUAGGAUUUGAUUUUUAUAACUCAACCUCAGAAGAAUUUGACAGGACUAUGACAAUCAAUGCAAAAUUCCCUUAUUUCUUGUGCAAUUUACUUAUUCCGUAUUUUUUUGAAGACUCCAAGAUUUUAUUUUUUGUUUCUAAAGGCUGCCACAGCUAUUUAUUCAAUUCUCCUUUAUUCUGCAUUUCGAAGGCAGCUCUCUACAUGGUUACUCAAGUUCUUAAAAAAGAGCUUCAAGUUCCUGUUGGAACUUUGUUGUAAAAUUUAUUUAGUCCUGGAGUAGUCAAGACAGAGAUGCUGACUGAAGUUAAUGAGAGAAUUCCAGGAAAAGAGCUAAAUUAUGAUACUUCGUAAUUCAUAUGAAGACUUGAACCAGAGGUUGCUGCAAGAUUUAUUGAUUUUGUAUUAAGUGCGCAGGUCAGUGCAAAUGAAUUUUCUGCAGUGGAAUGAAGUAUUUAUGAUAGAUCUCAUCAUGAUAGAUGGCUUGCACCAGGAGAAACUAUAAUAGAAAAUGAAUAA